CAUGUCAAAUGGUUUGGAUUUUAGUAUAAAUACAUGCCUACGGCAGUGAAUAUUUAUCAGUUCACAUCAAUCGUUCUAAGUAUUCUCAACUUAUUAUUAUUAUACACAAUUUAUCGUGUAUAUCGUUCUGAAAUCGACGUGAAAACAAGAUGGUGAAGAUUAUGUUACAAGUCGCCGUACUCGUAUUGACUACUCUAGUAGCCAUUACUUUUGCUGAACAUGACGCUACAUCUUACGCGUUUUACCAUCCGAAAUUCGAAAACACCCAUCACGACGGACAUGACCAUUACGCGCCGCCCCAUUACUCGUACAAGUACGGCGUCAAAGACCCGCACACCGGCGACCACAAACACCAGUCGGAGCACCGCGAAGGAGACGUGGUGCACGGCGAGUACAGCGUAGUGGAGCCGGACGGUCGUGUCCGUAAAGUGACUUACACAGCGGACAAGCACAACGGGUUCAACGCUCACGUACACCACGUACAUCACGCACACCACCCUCAACACUACGGACACCACGAAGAGGAAAACUCACUAUCGAUGGCUUAUGUGUUACAGAUUGUUGUGAUCGCCCUGAGCGCGCUGAUGACAUUGACAGCAGCAUACCAUGAUGCCACAUCGUACGCCUAUUACCACCCGAUAUUCCAUCACACCCAACACCACGGGCACGACUAUUACUCACCGCCCAAGUACACGUUCAAAUACGGCGUCAAAGACCCACACACGAAGGACGACAAACACCAGUGGGAAGAACGGGACGGGGACGUUGUGCACGGCGGCUAUAGCUUGGUCGAACCUGACGGUCGUAUCCGAAAAGUGACAUAUACAGCUGAUAAGCACAACGGUUUCAACGCGCAUGUACACUACGAAAACCAUGCUCAUCAUCCACAAGUUCAUCACCACCAUGGUCAUCACCAUCACCGUCAUAACCGUCGCGGUGGACGUCAACAGUUUUGAACAAUCUGCGUGCAAGACUGCGUAACGGGACUUAACUGUUAUUUAAAUCCAAAUCGAAAUUUAUUGUUAUCAUUACAUAGUAUUUUAUAGCAUUAUAUGGUAUUGUUAUUGUUGUGAAA